CUGCGCAGGAGAACCUGCCGCAUAUAUAAGGGGAUGAGAAGACCCAGGAGCUGACAAUCUCAACAACAACAACCCAGGAGCUUCUAAACUUGGAAAAAACCAAGGAGUCACACUUGGCCUGACAACCUCGUAGUCUACACUGCUCCUCCAACGCCUCCUGCCAUCCAUAAUGCUGCGCCUGUUGGUAGUAAUGACCGUCGUGACGGUGGCUCUUGGCUCUAGCAUCGACCAUCCUAGCACUCCCAGCUGUGUCUUCUGGUGCAAUUACCCAGCCGCUGUCAACGCUGGUGCCCUCUACUGCUGCAUUAAUUCAAACCAUAAAUUUGUCGAAAAUACAAGUCUAGCAACCCAUCCAGGCAAUGUGCAGCCUAUACCGUCUGCACAUUCGCACCGUUCGAUCCUAUCAGAUGCGGUCAUGAUGACUAUUGUCUCUACCAUGAAAAAUGCUGCUAUGACGCCUGUCUGAAACACCACACCUGCAAGGCUUCACGUCCCCAUUAACGCCUUGCACAAGAUCACACCGACUGUUCCACCCGCUGCCCAUCUCGGCGUCACACCUAAAACAAUUAUCAUAUAAACAACGCCAAUACGAGCACUCAGCAGCCAGACGUUCCUCCCCACCCAGUAAUGCAGUUGUCUCAAAAUGGAACUUGUAACUGGAACGUGAUCCACUUGAGUACCACCAAAUAUUACACUUGUGUUAUUAUUGCUGUUAUUAUGUAUUGGUGGUGCUCUUCAAGUUUGUAAUAUUCGCUGUUCAUUAGAGGAGUUUAUCUUGCAAUAAAGUUGUUGCCUUCA